UCAGCGGGGGGAUGCCGCUGUAAGCCCCGCCCCUCCUCCUGCCAUCGUCUCCGUUAAUCCGCCUCUGGUCUCUGCAGGCAUCAUGGCGGAAAUCAAGACGGGAAUCUUCGCUAAGAACGUGCAGAAGCGGCUGAACAGGGCACAGGAGAAGGUUCUGCAGAAGCUGGGAAAAGCAGACGAGACCAAAGAUGAGCAGUUUGAACAAGUUGUCAUCAACUUCAAGAGGCAGGAGUCUGAAGGCUCUCGGCUGCAGAGAGAAAUGAAGUCCUACAUGUCUGCCAUUAAAGGGAUGCAGCAGGCCUCCAUCAACCUGACUCAGUCUCUGCACGAAGUGUACGAACCGGACUGGCACGGAAAAGACGACGUUCUGACCAUCGGAAAGGACUGUGAUGCAUUGUGGGAGGACUUCCAUAACAAACUGGUGGACUCCACGCUGCUGAACCUGGACGCGUACCUGCAGCAGUUUCCAGACCUCAAGACACGUGUGGCCAAACGAAGCCGGAAACUCAUCGACUACGACAGCGCUCGGCAUCACGUAGAGACUCUGCAGGCGUCUGGGAUGAAGAACGACCGCAAGAUGAUGAAGGCUGAAGACGAGCUGAAAAAGGCUCAGAGAGUGUUUGACGAGCUGAACGUCGGUCUGCAGGACGAGCUGCCGACUCUGUGGGAUUGCCGAGUUGGUUUCUAUAUCAGCACCUUUAAGUGUGUGACGAGUCUGGAAGCAAAGUUUCACCGCGAGAUCUCUCUGGUGUGCAGGCAGUUGUAUGAAGUGAUGACCCAGCUGGCUGAGCAGCACUCCGACAAAAUGUUCACCAUCCAAGGAGCACCGAGUGACUCAGGACCGCUACGACUCGCCAGGACUCCAUCUCCACCUGAAGACGAGAGUCCACCGGACAGUCCAGACGCCAGCUCCAAUCACAUGCUCCGCCCCGUCUCACCUGGACCACCCCGACCCAAAUCCCCCACACAGCUUAAAAAGGGGCCACCGGUGCCUCCACCACCGAAGGUCACCCCCACCAAAGAGGUUGCAGAGGAGCAGAUCAUUGACCUGUUUGGGGGUGAAUUUUUACCUGCACCUUCACCAUCGCAGCCCAAUGAACGACCAGGAGAGUCUCUGCUCGAUCUAGACUUUGAUGCUUUUCAGCCAGAUGAAAGUGUUUCUCCGAUACCACAGACAGCUGUACCCUGGGAUAUGUGGUCGGCCGAUGCCCAAGCUGCUCAGCCUGUGACCAAUGCAUUUAAUGGAUUUUCACAGGAUGCUGCUGCCCCGUCAUUUUUUGCUGACUUUGAUAAGAUGAACGAAGUGAACAGUGAGUCAGCUGAGCCUCCUGAGGCCUCAGAAACACCAACUGCUGGCCCAACAGAACCUGCAGAGGAACAAGACAAGCCUCCACCUGUUCCUGAUGGAGGAGAGGAGGAUGAGCACACACCUCCUCCUGCUGGAGAGGAACCUGCAGCUCCAUCUGUGGGAGGAGAGGUGGAGGAACCUCCAGCUCCUGCUGCUGGGGAGGUGCUGGUGGAAGAAGUCAGAUCUCCUCCUGUUGGUGGAGAAGAUAAGGAAAUAACUUCAGACAGCCCAAAGGAGGAGAAACCUGCUUCAACAGUUGGAUCUCCAGCCUCUGAGAAGGCUGAGCUCAGUCAGAUUCCUCCUGCUGAAGAUCCCAGAACUUCUCCAGGUGAAGCAGUUCCAGCGGAAAACAUGCCCAUCCCGUCUGUUGUGAUUGAACCUGCUUCAAGUAAUGAAGGUGACGAUGACCGGGAUGCAGACAUCAUCUCUCCCACCGCCGUCGGUGACAACGGCAUGGCGACUGAAAACCAGACGAUGAAACACAUGAGUCCGUCUGGAGGGGUGUCAGGACUGCCUGACGACUUUCUUUACAAGGUGGAAACCAUGCAUGACUUUGAAGCUGCAAAUUCAGAUGAACUGGAACUGAAGAGAGGUGAUGUGGUUCUGGUGCUUCCCACUGCUUCAGUGGAGGAUCAGGAUGCUGGCUGGCUCACAGGGAUCAAAGAAAAUGACUGGUUAACCCUUGGAGUUGGUGCUCAAAAAGGACUUUUCCCAGAGAACUUCACCCAGCGUUUAGAGUAAAAAGCUUCUUCACAUGUUGGAAAAAAUAAGUAGAAAUCUUCAUCCAAGCCACUGGGUCAGCAUGUAGCCAACCACGCUCCUGAAAACACCUGUUAACCUGCUGCAGCUGUCUGCUGGACAACAUGAAGCUCUACUAACAGUCGCGUGAAUAAAAUCUAGUACUCCCUAACCCUAACCUUAUAACCGAUCAUUAUAAGCAUGAUGCGUAGUAUGUUCUACUCUAACCUCUGAAAGUGAGACACGAAUUUUGUUCAAAGAAAAAUAUUGAUGUGUGGUUUAUUGGGAAUGUUGCAAUAUGUACAUAUUCAUCUGUACACAUUGUCUGGUCUGACAGCCGGGGCUACUAACCCUAACACUGACCAACUGUGUGGACUUUGCACCAAGUGUGUUGUAAUGAAUUUGUCGCUCUUUUGUGGAUUUACAGAAACUGUAGUGCCGUGAUCUAUUUAAAUGUUCUCGAGUGUAACACUGAAUUUGUUUUUGGGACGUCAUCAUCGCUGUUCAUCACUGUUGCUGUGUUCUGUAGUAUCAUUGUUGAGUGUGUGUGAUGAUUGAUCUUUUCUUUGUUGUUUGUGGUGAAGAACUGACGCCCUGAAGAGUGUUGCUGUGGUUUUGACAUUUAUUAUCUCUUACAGUCAUCACACAUCUGAGCAAUGGAAAACAUACAAGUGCUCAUCCAGCAUGAAACUGUCGACUGAAUCUUUCAAUAAAGUACAUAUUACGAGAUGAAAAAGAUCUCAACUAUUGAAA